AUGAGAAGCAAAUUAUCUUCAUUUGAGUUGUUUCUUUAUUUUAGUUUUUGGAUCGCAGCAAAUAUAUUGUGUUUAUUUAAGUUGUUUGAGGCACAAUCCAAUUAUUAUCAAAACAACUACAGCGAAUUAUAUUCUUUGGGUGAACUUAAACCAGGGUGGCGGUUUAUAUCAAGAUUUCAAGAUGUUUCAGAUAUUGAAUGGAUCAGUUGGAAAUUCUUUAUACAAACUGCUUGGCUUUUCUUAUUGUUUCAAUUUUUUGUAUCAGAAGUAAUAAGAUAUACUUAUAUGCCACUUAUAAAAUUUUGGUAUAUUGUAUCAAGCAUAUCCUUUAUUAUUUUGUUUAUGGGAUAUAGACAGUUGGUCAUUAUACUUGCUCAACCUAUGUUAUUUGCAACUAUAAUAUAUUUUGGUGGUGGUAAAAUCUGUGUUUGGACAGCCAGUAUUUUACUUCUCAUUAGCUACAACUCCUUGAAGUAUAAAUAUUUCUUUUGGUAUUAUUUAGACCGUGACGAUUUACAAGAUGAAGAGGUUUAUCUAGUUCUUUUUACCAUUGCAUGGAUAAAAUUGCGAUGUGUAAGUUUUCUCAUGGAUUACUUAAAUCGCAAAGAACAAAUUGGUACAGAUGUAGUUAAAGCUAACUUUUCUUUCUCUCAAUUAAUAUUGAAUAUGUUUAGUUAUGUUUUAUAUACUCCAUUAUUGUACAUUGGACCAAUAAUUCUUUAUGAAGAUUUUGAAAGGAGUUUCAGUUCCCACAAUGGGAAAUUCAGAUUUAAAUUUCAAAGAUUUCUGUGGGAUAUGUUUCUUUAUGCAACUUAUACAUUUCUUCUAGAUUGUUCCUUUCAUUAUGUUUAUUUUCUAGCUAUGCAGAGUGAUAUUGAGGCAAUAAGGAAAUUACCUACAAUAGCUUUAUGUGGGGGAGGAUUGUGGAUGGGUUUGGAAUUUCACCUUAAAUAUUUAAUUUCAUAUGGCACCACAACUGCAUUUGCAAGACUGGAUAAUUUAGAUCCUCCACCUACACCCAGAUGCAUAGUUCGUGUGCAUGUUUAUUCGCAGAUGUGGAGAUAUUUUGAUGUUGGACUUUAUAAGUUUUUAGUAAAAUAUAUUUAUAUACCAGCUUUGGAGGUGAUGACAACACAUUUCAAACUGAAAAGUAUCAUAAACAAACUAUGUGCAUCUUUUCUCACUUUUGUAUUUAUAUUCAUGUGGCAUGGAACUAUAUGGAAUAUUUUUGUUUGGUCAGUUCUGAAUUAUUUGGGUAUUGCUUUAGAGCAGUUUGGUAAAGUUAUUUACCAUAGUAAUUAUUACCAGAUAUUAAAAACUGGCAUUUUGAAAAGUGAUGAGAUGGAAACUCGAUUUAUAGCACUUUUAUGCACACCUUUAUUAGCACUUUCUGCAAUAUCAAACUUUUAUCUCUUUGGGGGAAGCAGCGUAGUAUCUUUAGCUUUACAAGAUGUUCCAUCAAGGACUGAUAGAAAGAGAUACUAUAAGGAAUGCCAUAAAGCUAAUUAACAUACUUUAUUGUAACAUGAAACUGAAUCGAUUUUAUUAAAUGAUGUAAAAUUGGUUAUCUGCCUCAUUUGUCCAUAAUGGCAAGGAUACUUCAUAUGGGUCUGGUUUUUAAUAUCGAGUCACGGAAUCGACUGUCGCUGAAUAGAAAACGUUUCAUCAACGGGUUAAUUACUGAAUCGACAGUGCCCCAAAUCGAUGGUACGCUACAUCGACAAUACACUUAAUCGAUACACUACAUCAACAGUACACUACAUCGAC